UCUGACGGCGGCACGUCACCAUAGCAAAAUAAAUAUACAAAUUAUAAAUUAAAAUUGCUUGAGCCGAUGCAAUGGACAAGGAUAAAUUCACGCUGCAGUCCAUUCGGCAAGACCUCAUCGACAACAAUUUGCAAGCCAAGGCAAUUAUACAGGACAUAGUGAACAGUAGAACAACUAUUGCCGAGCUAGAGGAGCUGAAUGAAGCUGGACGGGCAAAGCUGUCGGCUAUUCGCAAGAACAUCGAGCGCUUGGAUGAUUGGGCACGGGACAUGGCCGACACUUCCUUGGCAAAGGAGGUGGACACACACAGGGACCAAUUCUCGAAAACCUUGCAGGCAUUCCGCAAAGCGAAUGUGGCGACUAUGCUGGAGAUCGAGAAAGCCAACCGAGAGGAGCUGAUGGCCAUCACUGGCGAGAGUGAGUUGCGACAACGCACCACAGCGAGAGCACGCCACAACCAGGGCAGUCUGGUGUCGCAGGAGAACGAUGUAACCGAGAAAAUGCUGGCCAUUUCGCGGCAUCUGUCGGAGACGACACAGAAGAGUGCCGUCACGCUAGAGACCCUGGUGGCGUCGUCCCAGAAUGUGGAGGCAACAAGUGACGAGCUGCAGCACACAGCCGGCAGCAUCAAAAUGUCCGGAAAGCUGUUGAAAAAGUACGGUAGACGCGAGUGCACUGACAAGAUGCUCGUAUUCUUUGCAUUUUGUUUGUUCCUUGUUUGUGUCUUUUACAUUGUACAGAAGCGUCUGUUUUAGGAUUACUAUUCGGUGUGUAGCUUAAGAAUAUCGCUUUGUCGUUUAGGAAAUAGUUCAUAUAAACAGCAGGACAGGCAGGGCAUGGCGCCACUAAAGCUAUGAACCCAAAUUGUAGGAACCUAGUUAAGCGCUAUUUGCUCUUACUUUAUUUAUCUUAGUACAAUUUGCAAUCGAAAAUGUAAAUUCCUUUUUAUAAA